AUGAAGGUUAGUCAUGUUUUCACGUCUGGUUUCCUGGUGUCGGUGAUGUCACUCAUGCAAGUCGACCACGGAAAUGGACGUCAUCUGCGGUCGCUUUCAAACGGCGAAAGCGGCCUCGGCAAAAGCACGCUAAUCAAUUCCAUGUUCCUGUCUGACAUAUAUUCCAACGACCACCCGGGACCCUCUCACAGAGUCAAGAAGACGGUGCAGGUGGAGACCACGAAGGUUCUGCUGAAGGAGAACGGCGUUAAUCUGAUGCUAACGGUAGUCGACACACCUGGCUUUGGCGACGCCGUGGACAAUAGCGAUUGCUGGCAACCAGUCAUACAGUAUGUGGAAUCGAAAUAUGAAGAAUAUCUCAAUUGCGAGUCUAGGGUUAACAGAACACAGAUUAGUGACAGCAGGGUACACUGUUGCCUGUACUACAUUGCUCCUUCUGGUCAUGGUCUAAAACCCCUGGAUGUGGAGUUCAUGAAGCGUCUCCAUGACAAGGUCAACAUCAUCCCUGUCAUAGCCAAAGCAGACACUCUCACACCUGAUGAAUGUCAGCACUUGAAGAAGCAGAUACUCAACGAAAUAGCUCAGCAUAAGAUUAAGAUCUACGAGUUCCCAGAGGACGAGUCAGACCCUACAUCAAUCAAGAUGAAACAACGUGUGCCAUUUGCUGUCGUCGGGUCCAACACAACAGUUGAAGUUGACGGAAAGAAACUAAGGGGUCGCAGAUAUCCGUGGGGAGUUGUAGAAGUGGAAAACAUGGAACAUUGCGACUUCAUUCCUCUCCGCAACAUGCUGAUCCGGACUCACAUGCAGGACCUCAAGGAUGUCACCAACAAUGUACAUUAUGAGAACUAUAGGUGUCGUAAAUUAGCAGGUAUCGGAGGAACAGAUGGAAAGAUCAAGAUAACGAACAAGAACCCACUGGCGCAGAUGGAGGAGGAAAAGAACGAGCACACCAACCGCAUGAAGAAGAUGGAGGCUGAGAUGGAGCAGGUCUUCGAGAUGAAGGUCAAGGAGAAGAUGGGAAAACUGAAUGAGCUCGAGCAAGAUCUACAAAAACGUAACGAGAGUAUGCGCAAGAAGCUCGAGUCAGAUACCUUAGAAUUAGAAGAAGAACGAGAACGAUUUGAGCGAGAGAAGAAGGCCUGGGAAGCUGCCAAUAACAUCACCGUGGAGGAGCUGCACCGGAAGUCUUUAGAAUCCAUCAGUAGAGAGCAUGUGGAUGGGAAAGAGAAAACCAAAAAGAAGAAGGGGCUGUUUUAAAGCCACAGUUGCCAGUUCAUAAAAGCUCAUAUUACCACUUGAAGCACCUGCACACCCUCACCUGCCUCAACCUCAGUCCCUUUAAAGAUUACAUAGUCAUCUCAUUUGCUUAAAUCGGUUGCCUCUGAAUUUCGUUCGGGACUGUAAUCAUCUUUUUGUUAUUGAUAGUUUUUACUACUAUUCUUUUUUCGAUUUCUUUUUAGAAUAUUGUUCUCAUAUUUUUUUUUCAAUGAAUUAAAAGAAAGUAUUCAUCGUAACAUUUGAGAUUGGCUUAGUCUUACAGGGGCAGGCAGUGUUCCUCUUGGUCAAAAGAAGAUUAUGGUUGUCUUUCCCAUAUCCCCCACGGCAACUUUGACAUCCUCCUGUAAAGUCAUUCUUUAAGGUUGUUCACAAAAGAAGACUCGUGUAUAUCCCUAUUUCCAUAGCAGGUUAUGUCAAAGUGUGGGAAUUCGAAUGGGGAACCAAAAGUACAUUUUCUUCACAUGGCUUUCCAAUACCAGUCUUUAUUUACGUGGUUGGAUUAACCGUAUGAAGGGAUGGCCAUAAUCUUCCCCCUCCCCCUCCCUCCCUCCCCUUUCAAGUCAUAGAUAUCAGUAUCAUCAUCCCUUUCAAAACUGCUCUGUAGUGGCACAUAUUCCAUUGACCAGCCAAAGGAUAAGCCCUCCUGUCAUGUCAAUGCUGUCUGGGAGUAAUUUUGUAAAAUAUGUGAUGGAUCCCUUGUGUAAUGAUUAUCUGAUAUCAGAUCCCUAAAGCGGCAUGAAGUAAACGAGAAAUGGGGACUCUCAAAGUUUUUUUUUUUUUUUUCUCCAGUAUAUUUUUUCUACUUUUUUCUAUUCUUGUAUUUAAUGAUUUCCUUUAUUCUCUUAAUUAUGCUCUUCAUUUCACACAUACACUUAAAAUUGGACAUUUUUAAGUACAUUGGUGUGAGAUGUUUUGUUUUGAGACACAGUAGUUGUAAUAUGUGGAGUGUCUUCCCUGGCUGGCCAUCACGCUGUCAAGUAUGAAAGGUACAGGAUGUGACUACUUUGCAGUGUUUUGUUUUAUAUUGUAGUUCCUAAGGGAAAUAAAGAUUGAUAUGAUUUUCCGGAGACUCUUUGAGAUAUUAAGGUGGUGAAUUAUAACUAGCUAAUGGUAAUUGGUUUUAACUCAUUUGUAAAGUGGAAAUAGUGGCUUCUAAUGUAAGGAAACACUCACUUUGUAUACUCAUUUGAUUACCCUUCUCGAUAGACUAAACUACCUUAUAGUUGAAGACAUUCAGAAAAAUCUGGAAAAUGCAGUUCACAUUAUCACAUUACCAACACCAGGAGUCCCUUCAUAUGCUUCAUGAGCAUUGGUGUCAUGGCCAUAGGAGAAUGCCAUAUGGAAGGAAAGUGGUAACAACAGUAAAGAGUCACAUCCCUGCAAACUGUACAUACUGUACUUAAAAUUAUAAGAGUUUAACGUUUAUGUAAACAUUGGGUAUUACAUACAGUGUUAAUUAUGUAUUGUUUUUUGUAUUGUCUUUAUACUCUUUAUGUUUUGUUAGAUUGGAUAUAGUUAACAUCUAUUUACUAGUCGUUUCCAUUAUUUUCUCUCUCUCUCACUCUCUUUAUAAGGCAUAUUCAGUUCAUUGCUAGGCCCACUGCCAUAGAGCUGUAAAUAAAAUGUACAAUGAGAGCAGACCUGAACAAACUGCAUCAUUCAGAAUCAUUUUUAAUCUUCUGUAUUUAUCUUUAUGUAAAAGUGUGUGCUUUACUGAAAUGGUCUGAGAGAUUUGUAAUAUACAGAUAGUCAUUCUUCUUCAUCUUUAGUUUAUCAUCUUUCAUUUACUUACAAAAUUGUUUUCCCAGUAUUACUGUGCAUCAGCACUGCAUAUCUGAUAUCACAUAAGACCAUAAUUGUAUAGUGAAUGUCCUCUAAUAUUCUUGAUAAGGGCAGUCACAGAAAAGGAUUGUCAUUGAGGACGGCAAGUUAACCAGUCUAGCUGCUUUGAAAAUGUAGGUGCAUUUUUCAUACAUUUCUCUUGAGAUGGUGUGAUAAAAUUUUAAAAAGGAAAGUGAACUGCCUUACUAAAAACUCUCCUGUAAGAGUAAGAUAUGAGACAACACAGUACUGCCUUUAUUGUAUGUCGUCAGUGUGUCAUAUGAAAUAUGGAGUUAAUCUUUUAUAGUCAAAUAAAUACGCUAUGAUGCAUCUCUUUCUCUCUGGUUAAGGCAUGUCAGCAGUGUAAUUUUGUAUAGAUUAAUAUCAGUAAAUGUCAUGUGUCA